CGCACGCAUCGUUUUGCGGAAUCAUCAGCGGAACUCGCUUGCGUCGUUAACAAUAUUAAAGACGAUUGCAAAUUUAAUUGCUGCCAAAUCUUGAUUUUUACACUCACAGGUCUCUUUAUUGUCUCUGUGGUGAUGGUUUUUCGCGAAAAUUAGUUACGUGUUGACAGACGAAAUUAUGAGUACCUGAGUGUUACAACGGUGCAAUAACACUUUCAGCGUCAAUAUAGUGUGUUAAGGAAACAAUACACAAAGCGGUCUUCCUGUCUCGAUUUGCUCUGUUCUCGUGUGAUAAGUAAUCUGUACCUACACAUAUAGUUAUAACGUGUAAAAAAAAAAAAAUUUCCACACACAGGCGCGCCUGUGGCGACGACAGCAUCUUCAUCAUGUCAUCUCUUCUUUCUUAUAGAUAUUUUAUCUUGGAGCAGCUCUUUAAGAGGUUCUGCAAAAGUGUUGUAUGAGCCGCACUGCAUAAUAUCCAUCAUCCAUAUUUCAUACUUAAGUAUUCCAUUUCUGAGCUCUCAAUAUGAGUUAUAGUGCAUAUAGUAUUACACUUCCGUACAUAUUGUUAUAGUUCAAGAAACAAUUGGAGUCUGCUAAAUAUCUGCUCUCUCUCUCUCUCUCUGCUGCCAUCUGCAAGUGAGAGUGUGUGUACGUGUCUCUGUGUGUGAGUUUUCAUGUACAUGUGCAUACAACAGCCGCAUAUAAACGAUUUAAGUUAUAUAUAUACAUAUAUACGUAGCAGUUAUACUAGUGCUACUAUAUACUAGUACUGUGCUCGGUGUGCUCAGGACUUAUCGUUGAUUUUCCUUUUUCAAACGCACGCUAUUUUUAUUUUCAAUAAUUAUCAAGGCAACGACUGCGACGAGUUCGGCAACCGUAGCAGAGAGACAGACUCAUACGCGAAAAGUUACAGUGCAUUCCGAGAAAGAGGUGUGUAGCCGUCAUCGCUGAGGAACGUCUGCUUGCACACGUUUGCUUUGGAAUCUCUCCGUGUACACUUCUGCACAUAUAUAUAUAUGUGUGUAUAUAUAUAUAUACAUAUAAGUAUACACAAAACGUAUCAAGAAAGAGAGUAGGAGGUGGUGUGCGGUGCGAAAAUAAACAGCAGAAAUGGCCAAGGACUACGAUCACUUGUUCAAGCUGCUCAUCAUCGGCGACAGUGGUGUUGGAAAAAGUUCACUGCUACUCCGAUUUGCAGAUAAUACAUUCAAUGGAAACUACAUAACUACGAUAGGUGUGGAUUUUAAAAUUCGUACUGUGGAUGUUGACGGAGAAAAGGUGAAGCUGCAAAUUUGGGACACAGCUGGUCAGGAAAGAUUUCGGACAAUAACGUCCACUUACUACAGAGGAACGCACGGCGUUAUAGUCGUGUAUGAUGUAACUAGUGGCGAUUCUUUUGCAAAUGUCAAAAGAUGGUUGCACGAAAUCGAGCACAAUUGUGAUGUUGUUGUCAAUAGGAUUUUAGUGGGAAACAAAAACGAUGCUCCAAAUCAAAAAGUCGUUUUGACAGAGGAUGCCCAAAGAUUUGCCAACCAAAUGGGUAUUAAGCUGUUUGAAACUUCUGCUAAGGACAAUACUAACGUUGAAGAAAUGUUUAUGGCAAUAACACGAGAAGUUUUGCGGACGAAAAAGGAAAGCAAGGAACGACAAGCGAUAAAAACCGGCGAAACAGUCAAUCUGAGGAAAAGUACCAAACAGCACAAACAUAAAAGAUGUUGUUAGCGACUUCGUUGCAUAUUAGAUAGAUUCUAAAAGUCUAAAUAUUGUUUUUUUUUCUAUAAACAGUUACAAAACAGAGUAAGACAGAGAGCGUGUGUUAUUAAUGGAGUGGACAUAAAAAGAAACUAAUGCCAUAAACUCUUUCACGUUACCAAGACAACACCGUGAAUUACCAAUGAUGCAUUUCUUACGUUACAAUUUUUCAUCCAACUACUUUUAUGCUCAAAGGUAAAUGUAUACAUGUCAUAAUGGCACAAGAAAAUUCAAAAUAAAACAAAUUAUCAUUCAAUGCUGUACCCAAGGUCCAUGAAUGAAGUAGCAAUGACAUGGUAUUGUCAGUAAUAAGAUUGGAUCUUGAACUUUUACAGUAAACAAACAAGUAAUUAAUACAAAAGACUAGCCUAAAUGUUUUAGAGACCUAUACAAAAUUCAAAUCUAUUAAUACCUUACAAAACGCGUUAGAUAUAAUUUAUAUUAAGUUGUGCUAUUUGUAAAAUGUUAUCGAAUGUUUUUAAUAAAACAAAAAAAGAAUGAGCUGAGAUUUUUUAUCAAAUAUACCGUAUUAAGACUUUUUGAAAUACGUACAACGAUAAAUCAUUGUAAAAGUGCUGCACAAAUUUUUAUUUAUUUACAUACGGUAUUACAUCACAUUAAUUUCUUAGCCAAAUAUUAUUAAUGCCAAUUAGUUAGAGAGAAGCCUGUAAAUACACAUGCGCGUAUAAACAUUUUACAAAUAGGGUGCUAUUUAUAAUUAUCAGGGAGGUCCAAAUAGAUGUUAAAAUAUUUUUUAAAUGAGGUUCCUGAGGUUCAUCAAUAUCUUUACUGCGAUCUUUACCAAAAAUUAUGCAAUAUACAAAUUUGUUUCAGUGUUUUUUUUUUUCGUAUCAAACAUUCAUUGUCAUUACCAAUGUAGGUAUUUGUCUGACCAAGUAUCAAAAUUACAGAAAAAAAAUGUUAUGAAAAAUGAAAAAAAAUGACAUUUGCGGAAAUUCGUGAACGUUCAUACGUGUAGUGUUUGAUGUAGCAGAAUUUGUAAUAAUCAUUGUCUCAGUCCUUGUAAGCGGAAGGAGGAGGCAAGCAGACAAGGUCUUUGCUUACAUACAUAUACGUAGAAAAAAAGAGAGGCCGUGUCCAACCAUGACAGAAGCUGUCUGUGUUAAUCUGUGAUAAUAGUGAAAUUGCGUCUUCUGUGUAAUGUAAGCGCCACUCGCGUGCGUGCUGUGUGCAUCGUCUCUCCCGCUUGAGAGAGAACUGCGAGUAGACUUUGACAGGAGAAUAUGUCAUCUUUUCCCGAGAAUGAUCAAUGGAACUCUCUAACAAACUUGCUUGAGAUAUAUUUCAUUGGAUUCAGUUUUUAAACUUUUUAAAAGCCAUUGGAAACAAAUUUUUUUUUUAUCCCUCCCAAGAUUUACAAAUUAGUAUACAUACAAGAACGGUGUAAUAUUUAUUAUAAUUAAUUCUGGUUAAUUGGACAUGUUGUUUUUUACCAAGUUUAAACAUGCGACUCAAAUUUUUAAUCGUAUGUACAUGAUAUAGUUUUAUUUUCCAAUUAUAAAAUAUAUUGUAUUAGUUAUGCUUGAUUUUCCAGUAAAGUGUAUUUCUGGCGAACCUAUGAUUAUUUCCUUACAUUAUUAACUUGUAAUUUGUAUAACAUGUUUUUGUGUGUUCUUAUUAAUUCUAUUGAUUAUAAUUUAUUUUGUUCAAAUGUCAGAUACAUUUAUGUAUGAUUGUAAUUUAAUUUGUAAUUGUAUAAAUUAAUGUAAGAGAUAAAAAAGAUAGUAUUGAUAAACUUAAUUUACCUACAUACAUACUAAUAUUCAAUGAAAUAUUUCUUGGCUUAUGGGAUUAGGAACCCAAAACUUGAUAAAAUUGAAUGGAUUUAUAAAAUUUUUGGGUAAAUUUGACUGUGAAAUAAUCAUAUCAGUCUUCGUGACAAUGUCUUUGCUGUUGCUUUUGACUAAUUGUAUAUGACUAACGAUUUUGGAGAAGUUAUCAAUAAAAAAAAUGAACUAAAUAAUGUACAUAAAAAUAUUGGAACGAUAUAUAAAAGUAGUUUCAUUGGAAUACUUAAGUAAUUUCAUUUGUUUAAAGAAAAUCAUUUCGAAAUUUGUUUUAUGUUAAGAUCAAUUACUGUAUAUUCAAAUUUUUUUUUUAAUACUGUAACCAACCAGUGUAUGCUCUAUUUGCACAAUACUAAUAAGACAAAUUUUUACUGAGA